AUGAGGGAAAUCCUUCACAUCCAGGGCGGCCAGUGCGGCAACCAGAUCGGAGCCAAGUUCUGGGAGGUCAUCUGCGAGGAGCAUGGCAUCGACCCCCUCGGAAACUACAAGGGGGACUCUCCCCUGCAGCUGGAGCGCGUUAACGUCUACUACAAUGAGGCCAGCGGCGGCCGCUACGUCCCACGUGCCAUCCUCAUGGAUCUGGAGCCCGGUGUGAUGGACAGCGUUCGCUCGGGCCCCUACGGCAAGGUCUUCCGUCCCGACAACUUCGUGUUCGGGCAGUCCGGCGCCGGCAACAACUGGGCCAAGGGCCACUACACCGAGGGCGCCGAGCUUAUCGAUUCCGUUUUGGACGUCGUCCGCAAGGAGGCCGAGAACUGCGACUGCCUGCAGGGCUUCCAAGUGUGCCAUUCGCUGGGCGGCGGCACGGGUUCCGGCAUGGGCACGCUGCUUAUCUCUAAGAUCCGCGAGGAGUACCCCGACCGCAUGAUGCUCACCUUCUCCGUGUUCCCGUCGCCCAAGGUGUCGGACACGGUCGUGGAGCCGUACAACGCCACGCUCUCCGUGCACCAGCUCGUCGAGAACGCGGACGAGUGCAUGGUGCUCGACAACGAGGCGCUCUACGAUAUCUGCUUCCGCACGCUCAAGCUCGCCAAUCCCAGCUUCGGCGAUCUCAACCACCUCAUCUCCGCCACCAUGAGCGGCGUCACGUGCUGCCUGCGCUUCCCUGGCCAGCUCAACUCGGACCUGCGCAAGCUCGCUGUCAACCUCAUCCCCUUCCCGCGCCUCCACUUCUUCAUGGUUGGCUUCGCGCCGCUCACGUCCCGCGGCUCGCAGCAGUACCGCGCGCUGACGGUCCCCGAGCUGACGCAGCAGAUGUGGGACGCGAAGAACAUGAUGUGCGCCGCGGACCCGCGCCACGGGCGGUACCUGACGGCGUCGGCGAUGUUCCGCGGGAAGAUGAGCACCAAGGAGGUGGACGAGCAGAUGCUCAACGUGCAGAACAAGAACUCGUCCUACUUCGUUGAGUGGAUCCCCAACAACGUCAAGUCGUCCGUGUGCGACAUCCCGCCGCGCGGGCUCAAGAUGGCGUCAACGUUCAUCGGCAACAGCACGAGCAUCCAGGAGAUGUUCAAGCGCGUGAGCGAGCAGUUCACGGCCAUGUUCCGGCGCAAGGCUUUCUUGCAUUGGUACACGGGCGAGGGCAUGGACGAGAUGGAGUUUACCGAGGCGGAGAGCAACAUGAACGACCUGGUGAGCGAGUACCAGCAGUACCAGGAGGCCAGCACGGAGGAGGACGCGGAGUACGAGGAGGAGGCUGAGCCUGCCAUGUGA